AUCAAAUUGACAUAAAACUGACGACAUUAUGCACACAAUGAAGUUUUAUUUAUUUCUAAUUUUACUAAAAUUAAUUUCCUCAAAUUCUUUAAAAUGUCUUCACAGUCCACUAUCAAUGAAAAGAUACGAUCAAGCCGAUUUACUAAUAGACGACGAAGACAGACGAGAAAUUUUAAAAGAUUACAAAACUAUUUUUGCACCUGAAUACAGAAUUUACACAAACGAUUCGAUAUGUAGCACUGUAACGGUAGCCAAAAGAAAGAGUAAGUUUGAAGAUGAAAAUUGCAGAGACGAUAUAUACAAAGAAUAUGAUCCUAGAAGGGACUUUUUUUCGAAGAGUUCAAGGAAAGGAUUCGUUGAAGACAGACUGCUGUAUGGUAAAAACAUGACAUCGAAACAGAUACUUAAAGAUCUCCAUAUUAAUUCCGAUCUACUUGAGUCAAACAUUACUGGAAAUAAGAGUUCUAAAAAUGGGACAGUUUUGAGCCAUGCAAUAACUAAUGUUCCAGAAAUUUUGUCUACUGAAAAUUUAACUAUUAAAUCUCUAUGGCACACGUCUUUAAACGCGCAAGAAAUCAGAAAAAUACAGAGUAAAAUAAUGCAAAAAUAUAUGAACACAGAUGUCGAUCCUUGUCUGGAUUUCUACGAAUACGCUUGUGGCAACUGGAAGAAUUACUACACAAUUCCGCCUGACCGGGCGACUUACGACAUUUUCGAAAUGGUCAGAGAAAAUUUAGACCAAGUUUUAAACACACUCCUAGUUGAAAAACAAGAAGAACCGCCAACUAAUUUCCCAUACUUCAAGUCAUAUAGCUUUAUAAACAAAAACUUUUUACCCCAAGAUACCUCUGACGCUGUAACGAAAGCAAGACUGUUUUACGAGUCUUGCAUGGAUGAAAACAGGAUACAAAAAAGGGGCAAUGAGCCGCUUAGAACACUUUUAAAAGAAUUAGGGGAUUGGCCCAUUUUAACGCCCAACUGGAAUAAACCGAAUUUUGAUGUAAUUUGGUUAUUAGCCAGACUACGCUUGCUUAAUAACGACAUUAUGAUAGCACAGUGGGUGGGUCCUGAUAUGAAAAAUUCUAACGAAUACAUUGUCCACAUUGAUCAGACAACUCUUGGCCUUCCGACAAGGGAUUAUUACUUAGAAGGAAAUUACAUGAAGUAUUUGCAAGCUUAUAGGGUGUUUAUUUUAACAGUGGCUGAAAUAAUGGGAGCAGACUUCAAAAUUGCCGACAAAGAUGUGGAUGAGAUCAUAGAAUUCGAAAUAGGUCUUGCAAAAAUAACGGCUACACCAGAAGAACGACGCAACAUCUCGGAUAUAUAUUUAAGGACCGAUAUAGCCUCUUUGACACUGUAUUUUCCACAAUUCGAUUGGAAAAUGUAUUUCGACACUGUUUUGGGCACUAACAUUAAUUUGAGGACGCCAGUGGCGUGUUACUGCGCUAAAUUUUUACACGAACUCUUAUAUAUGUUGAGUAAAACAUCUCCGAGACUCUUGCAGAAUUAUGUUCUAUGGAGAUUUGUUAGACACAGAACGAAUAAUUUGGACAGAAGAUUUAUGGAAGCCAAACAAAGAUUCUAUUACAUCCUAUUUGGACGUGAAAAGAGUCCACCUAGAUGGCAGUUUUGUGUCACUCAAGUAAAUUCUAAUAUGGGCAUGGCUUUAGGAUCCUUAUUUGUAGAAAAAUACUUUGAUCAAAGUAGCAAAACUGAUACUAUUGAAAUGACCAAGGACUUGCAAGAAGCUUUUAAAUCGACUAUAGAGGAAAAUACAUGGCUAGAUAACAACACCAAAGAAUACGCAAUCAUGAAACUCCGUCAUAUGGACCUAAAAAUAGGAUUUCCCGAUUUCAUUUUAAACAAACAACAAUUAAACAUGCGGUAUUACGAUGUAGAAGUGCAUCCAAAAUACUUCUUUGAGAAUGUUAUGACAUUUUUGAGACAUCUUACGAAAGUAGAACAAAGAAGAAUGGGUACCUCUGUCAAUAGAACCAUGUGGAGCACUCCGCCUGCCAUUGUAAAUGCUUAUUACAGUAGGAAUAAGAACCAAAUUAUGUUCCCGGCAGGCAUGUUGCAACCCCCUUUUUACAAUCGUCUUUUUCCAAAAGCAUUAAAUUUUGGAGGAAUAGGAGUAGUCAUAGGACAUGAAAUGACUCACGGAUUUGACGAUAAGGGUAGACUGUUUGAUCACGAGGGCAAUCUACAUAUGUGGUGGAGAGAAUCUUCUAUACAGAAAUUUUACGAAAAAUCUCAAUGCAUGAUCGAUCAGUACGGACAAUAUGUGCUGCCCGAAAUACAUUUGACGUUAGAUGGGUAUAUGACCCAAGGAGAAAACAUAGCAGACAAUGGUGGCCUAAAACAAGCCUUCAGAGCGUAUGAAACAUGGUUGUAUAAUAACCCUGCUGCAGACGAAACGUUACCCGAAUUAAAUUUAACCAGUAAACAAUUGUUCUUUCUCAAUUUUGCUCAAGUUUGGUGCGGACAGCAGAGGGUCGAAGCAGCAAAGAGUAGAAUUAAGAUAUCAGUACACGCUCCCGGAAUCUUUAGAGUAAUCGGAGUGUUGAGUAAUUCUGAAGAGUUUUCGAGAGAGUUUAACUGUCCCAUCAAUAGCCCCAUGAAUCCAGAAUUUAAGUGUAUAAUAUGGUAAAAUACAGAAAAGCAAAAUAUUCUUAAGUCAUAUGAAAUAAGAAAAGACGUGUCGAUAAAUAGUUAGGUUUUCAAAACAUCACUAGAGAGCAAGUGAAUUAUAAAAAAAAACUCAAAAACUUGACCUGAAUGUGGAGUCUAAUUAUUUAUUAGAACUCUCAAGAAAUUUAUUUUCAACUACUUUAUUAAUAUAAAAAAUAUUGUAUAAAUAUAUCUAUAUUAAUUUAAUA